AAUAAUUUCACCGUGAUUCCUCCGCAAACGCAAAGAAUCUUGGCAAGAGGACCCGGGGAAGAAUCAGUUAUGUUAUGGAUAUGAUUGAUAUGAUCUGAUAGGGUGAUUAAUCGCGGCCCAACGAUUGGAUUGCCGAGGGAUGCCAAGCCCACGGCCGGUAUAUAUUUUCUGAGGAUGGCAGAUUGAAGCCCUAACAUUCUCCCCCGUCGACUCAGGAUGACGACCAGCAAAGCAGCAGAGAAGCAGACCACUCUGGUCCAAUCCGUCCCGGCGUCAGCGAUCGAGGAUGCGGAGCUGUCGUUUCAGUUUUCGAAGGAUGAGCAUAAUCAGGGCUUUUGGACCGCGAUGCGGCUGCACUGGCCCGCAGUGGGGUGGGGCUUGUUCAUGAAUCUGGCAACUAUUCUGAAGGGUAUUGACGGGGGCGUGGUGAAAGGUCUCGUCGGCCUGGACGUGUUCAAAGAGACCUAUGGCUACGAUCACAAUGGAACCUACAUGAUCGCCGCGCAGUGGCUUUCGGCCUUUAACUAUGCCAAUCUGCUCGGUGCCAUCGUGGGCGCCCUCUGCUCUGGGGCUGCCUACAACCGCUUCGGGCCGCGCAUCAUGAUCGCCAUAUGUUCGUGCUUGUCUAUCGCCUUCAUCUUCAUUCAGUUUUACAGCCACACGCCCGCCCAGCUGUUUGUCGGACAACUCGUCAACGGCGCGGUGAUCGCAUUCUACCCAAUUUGCGCCUCGGCGUACGUCGGCGAAGUGACUCCACUCGUCCUGCGAGGGUUUGCCGCCACCAUGACGAACCUGGCGUUUUCCAUCGGCUCCCUGAUCGCAUCCGGCAUCCUGAAGGGGACGGCGUCGAUGAACAGCCAGCUGUCCUACAAAAUUCCCAUUGCCACCCAGUGGGCAUUGCCCUCUAUCAUGCUGUUCCUGGUCUUCUUCUGCCCGGAUCCACCGUAUUGGCUCUGCCGUAAGGGCCGCUACGACGCAGCGCGCGUAUCGCUCCGUCGCCUGGCCACACCUAGCAUAGACGUCUCGCGAAAGCUGGCGCACAUCCGAGAGACACUCCGGCUAGAGGAGGAGUUUCAGGGCGACCGGCCCCACUACAGGGAAUGCUUCCGCGGGCCCAACUUCCGGCGACUGAUGAUCUGCGUGAUGGCGUACAGCAUGCAGGCAUUCACCGGCAAUAUAUUUUUCAUCAACUAUGCGGUGCACUUCAUGGAGCUGGCUGGCCUAGAUUCAUCCGAUGCCUUCUCCAUGAACCUCGGCCUCACCGCUAUUGGGUUCCUGGGGACCUGUAUCUCGUGGCUGUUGCUAUCGUACGUCGGUCGGCGCACCAUGUACCUCUUCGGUUGCUCGUCGCUGGCCCUUCUGUUGUUCAUCAUCGGUGCUGUGGAUCUCGCCCCGCGCCAAACCAACACGGUAUGGGCGCAGUGCGGUCUGAUGCUAGUCUGCACAUUCGUGUAUGACCUCAGUCUCGGCCCGUUCUGCUACGUGCUUCUGGCCGAAGUGUCCUCCGCGGCUCUGCGCGGGUUCACGAUCGCCUUGGCCACGGUGGCGUGUUUCAUAUGGUCGGUCGUCUUCGCGGUCGCUAUCCCGUACGCCAUGAAUGAAGACGAGGCCGACUGGAAGGGGAAGAUCGGCUUCCUCUUCUCGGGGCUGAGUGUCCUCUGUGUGAUUUAUGUCUACUGGUGUAUGCCGGAGACCAAGGGGAGGACGUUUGAGGAGUUGGAUAUUCUUUUCGAGAGGAAAGUCCCCAGCCGGAAGUUCAAGUAUUAUAAGGUUGACAUUGAUAUUGACGGGAGGAGGCUGGAGGAAUAGUUCGUGUUAUGCAUUAUGACUGACUUUUACGAAUGAAGUUAUGAAACUUGAAAUCGCCGAAUAUCCGAGGCACACUGUGAGAACUGCGCAUAUAGUAUGUGAUGCUAUUGCUGCUUAGAAAUCCAGGCAACGUAACCAGGGCUAGGGCUAGGGAAACCUAACCACUCAUGUUGGCCAGAGCAGUCAAGGGAAGUAAUUGUCUGACCCAAGCUUCUGCUCGAUAUGGUAAAUGCAGGCGA